AUGUCAGCAGUCUGUAGAUCCCCUCAGGUGACCUUUUCGUCAGGCCGAGUUGGGAGCAGCAGUUCUGAAGCUCCGGACCUGCGUCUUCUACAUUACAACGACGUCUAUCAUGUUGACCAGGCCAGUGCAGAGCCAGUGGGUGGUCUGUCGAGAUUUAUAACGCUCUGCAAGGAGUACAAGAAUGGGGAGCAGUAUCAGGGCCAGUCUGAGCUGCUUACCCUGUUCUCAGGCGAUGCCUUCAACCCAAGCUUGGAGAGCAGUGUUACCAAGGGGGCGCACAUGGUUUCAGUCCUGAAUGCUGUCGGCACGGAUGCCAGUUGCGUUGGAAACCACGAUCUUGAUUUUGGAGUGAAGCAAUUUGAGCACUUGGCUGAAAAGUGUGAAUUCCCAUGGCUGCUGGCCAAUGUCUUGGAUCCCGCCUUGGGAGAGGAUGUCCCUCUGGGCAACGCAAAGAGGACCCAUAUGCUCACUACCUCCAACGGUAUCAAGGUGGGACUUAUUGGUCUCGGUGAGAGAGAAUGGCUCGCAACCAUCAACAGCCUUCCGCCAAAUCUCAUCUACAAAUCCGCCACUGCCGUCGCCAAGGAACUCGUACCAAAGUUGCGAGAGGAAGGCGCUGAAAUUGUCAUCUGUCUGAGCCACAUGCGAGAGCCAAACGACAACAAGUUGGCCGAUCAGACAGAUGGCAUCAUCGACAUUAUUCUGGGUGGACAUGACCACUACUAUGCUCACAGCUUCAGGAAUGGAACUCACGUCCUGCGCUCGGGAACUGACUUCAAGCAGCUCAGCUAUAUCGAGGCGCGGCGAAAGCAGGACGAUCCCAAGCGAUGGGACUUUGACAUCUGGAGGAGAGACAUUACGUCCGAGGUACCCGAGGAUGAGCCCACGGCCAAAUUGGUGCACACCUUGACGUCUAAGUUACAAAAGUCACUGUCCCGGCCUGUUGGGUGGACAGCCAUGCCGCUCGAUGCGCGAUUCAUCACCGCCCGGUUGAAGGAGUCUAACAUGGGCAAUUUCGUAUGCGACAUUAUGCGUUCUUAUCAUAAUGCUGACUGCGCCAUCAUGGCAGGUGGUACGAUUCGUGGUGAUCAGAUUUAUCCUCCUGGAGCAAUCCGCAUCAAAGAUAUCACUUCUUGUUUCCCCUUCGAGGAUCCUGUUGUUUUGCUGAAGGCCAAAGGACAGGCUAUCUGGGAUGCGCUAGAAAACGGGGUUUCACUAUACCCUGCCUUGGAAGGGAGAUUCUCUCAGGUUUCAGGUAUCGAGUAUGAGUUUGAUCCAUCGAAGCCGUCUGGUCAGAGGAUCUUGUCAGUCAAGAUCAACGGUAAGACAUAUGAGCCAGAGAAGAUAUAUAUUCUGGCAACUCGGGGCUACAUGGGUCGUGGAAAGGACGGCUUCACUAGCCUACUCGUAAAGUCAGAAGGUGGAGAGGUAGAAGAGAUUGUCGAUGAGGAGAGUGGAAUUCUACUCUCCGCCAUGCUGCGCCAAUACUUCAUGGCCCUCCGAACUGUUGGCCAGUGGAAGAAGUUGUCCUCACACUGGACCAAUGUCGUAAAGGAGUGUGGCCACACUCAGUUGCCAUCUGAAAUGUUCAAGGGAGAAAGCGACAGCGACGUGGCGCGACUUGGACUUCAUAAGGAUAAAGACAACGGAGAUGGGAAUCCCUGGCGCAAGUUCUUGCGAUCACGACUGGGUUACAGCAAGAGACCUCACAACGAUGACGAUGACGACCAUUUUGAUUCAGCCACAGAGAGUGAUCACUCAGGAAGCGAUUCGGAUAGUCAGAUUGACCUUGAGAUAUUGUUGAUGAGAAAGUUUUGGGGGCGAUGGGCUCAUAGGGUGGGCAUUAAGAGUGGUGUUUGUGACCCCCUGAAAGAGGCCGAGUGUGCCGUUGACUGGACGAGAGUGAUAGCACCCGUGCUUGAAGGACGUAUCAAGAUUGUCGGAUCAUAAGCAACUCAAUACUGGUU